UGCGCGCCAUCUUUGACGGCGGGAAUACGGAGAUGAUGAAGAGGAGGAGGAGGAAGACGCCGCCGACCGCAGCGCCCGGUCCACAUCCGACCCGUCGCCAACAACAAAGGCAGGCAAGCACACCGCGAAGUCGACUGCGCGCGCCUUUGCUCUGCGGCAGCAAUGGACGACAGGCGACAAGAACGCGCCUGAGAUGUCGUCCAGCCGGGCCGGCGGGGGCGACGACGAAGUCGACGGGGCGGACGGCGGGGAGCGAGCCAGGCGGAGCGCGCUCGACACCCGCAACGUGGUGGUCAACCUGCGGGCGCUCGCCAUCACCAGCGUGGCGGUGGACACGUGCAAGCUGGCGCUGGCCACCGUGACCACGGUGCGCCGACAGCCCAACCGCGGCUUCGUGUUCCUCGCCUCCAUCGCCGUGUGGUCGCUGUCGGCCAAGCUGGCCGUCAUAGUCGCCAGCCUGGCCGCGUACGGGCUCGUCUUCUGGGCGGCGUCGCGCGAGGCCCGCCGGCCCAUGCUGGCCGCCGCCGCGGUGUUCGCGGUCGCCAUCGCGAUGCGCUUCCUCUUCAUGAUCGAGGGCGCCGUGGUCGUGCUCCAGGAGAGCGUCACGCCCGCACACGCCAACGCGAGCUCCGCGCCGCACCUACGUGCGUCGGCCGACCGCGGGGCGGUACUCACCAAGUCAGAGCUUCACGGACCGAUGGUACACAUGAGGCAUGAAAUCUUGGACGCUCACAGUUCCAACACGGUUGUGGCAACACCACCACCUGCUCCAAACAUUGUGGAUAUUGUGCUGAAGAUAUUGCAAGUGAACAUCAUCCACACAUGCUCUGUGGCGGUGCAUGUUGUUUUCCUUCUGGUCCUUCGAAAGUACAUGCGAAGCACAAAGGUCAAGCAGCGUCUUGAGGACAUGCCAGCCGAAGCACGGACGUGAAUUCAAGAGUGCACAUGGGCCACCUUGACAACUGUUCGUGUAUAGUGAACGGUACAAGGAAAUGCAGCAUGUGUAACCAAGCCAUCUGCAUGUAACUGUGUUAUGGUGCCAAAUGCUUGUAAUUAUGCCAUGCAAUGUGAUUGAAGGUCCGUCAGCAAAUGCCAGGACAAAACAUGUAAAAAGUUGUGAUAAUGUGCGUAACGCUUGUUGUGAUAUAUGUACGUCUUGAAUAUAUAUGACAAGAACA